GCUAUGUAAGGCCACUAAACGGCGCCGUAUACUUCCCCGCAUCUCCGACGUCCCUCCGCUUCGUUACUGUUCUGUUGGUGUUGUUGAUUUCUUCAUCUCCGAUCUUCCAAGGCACAAAUUUCUCUUCGCAAGGUGUAGGAAAGUCGAAAGAUGGAGGAAUUUCUCGUGGCGAUUCUCUCGAUGCUACUUGUUGUUGCAUUGGUUCCUCUUUUUCUGUGGAGACGCUAUCAGGAUUCCCGCUCUGGUCAUGCGCAUGAAGACGAGGAUCAGGUUCCUCAGAGAGAAACUGUAGUUCGCGCCACGGGUGGUGGCCGUCGUAUGCGUCGGAGACCGGCUUCGGCUGCUAGUUCGUCAAACGCAGGGGCGGCUCUGGAAGAAAGUGCUGAUGGAAGUGAUGACGAAAUUGCUGGGGGUGAAUACUAUGAAGGUAAAGGAUCGAAGAAGAAAGAAAAGAAGCGACAAGAGCGUGAGGCUCAGAGACAGGCUGAACAAGCUUCCCGUGAGUCAAGGUUUACAAAACAAGACCGCUAUGCAGAAAUGCGGAGGAAGAAAGAUGAGGAGCGCGAAGAUCAGGAACGGUUACUGGAAGAAGAAGCCAAGGCACGCAAGGCCAAGGAGGAAGAGGCUGCUGCACUCGAGUUUGAUAAGUGGAAAGGGGAAUUUUCAGUCGAUGCUGAAGGUACCACUGAAGCUGAAGUGGAAGGCGGAAAUCAAGAUUUGCUCUCUGCUUUUGUGGAAUAUGUAAAGAGUCAUAAAUGCGUCCAAUUGGAAGAUCUUGCUGCAGAAUUUAAAUUAAGAACUCAGGAAUGUAUCAAUCGGAUCACCUCCCUGGAGAGUAUGGGCCGACUUUCUGGUGUCAUGGACGACAGGGGAAAAUAUAUAUACAUAUCGAAGGAAGAAAUGCAAGCAGUUGCCGACUACAUCAAGCGUCAAGGAAGGGUUAGCAUUUCACAUCUAGCUAGUAAGUCCAACCAGUUCAUAGAUUUGGAACCAAAAGCUCAAUUUGUUGAAGAAAUCAAUGUUGGGCAGGGGUUAAUACACUUGCAUCAAAGCAUCAUAAACAACUAGUGUAUAUUUUAACAAUGAUCGAUACAAUGACGUCGGGCAGGGGUUAGAUUAUGUUAUCCCUCUAGCGGGUUCUCAAGCUUCUCUUGUUAUCGUUGUCCCGCAUUUAGCUCGGAUUCCUCUCAUGUUAUGACUGGAAAUUGACGCAUGUUUAUAGACAGAUUUUUCUUUGGCUGCCAGUGGUGGUAGCGACACCUGAGCAAACUAAACAGAAUUGGACCAAUCAUUUUUGCAUUUUGGGUUGUGAAUUUUGUUUUAGAUUGUUGUUGGAGUUCAAGAUCUGACGUAGAUUAAUGAAACCAUAGUUGUUUGAGUUCAUGUUUUUGUUUAAA